CUUGAUGAACACGUGAGGCACAAGGGUGUAUAUCGUGCGUAUGUAGCGAAAAAAGAAAUAUAUUGACACGCUUUCAGAGAUUUAUAGCUUUAUAACUCUGGUAAAAAGCGUUCAAAGGUCGAAUAUUAGAGCUGCUAAAUCCCAAAUCACGGCGCAGUCAUAUAGAUGGAGACAGCACGGGUCACGGACACGGAUUUCAAAAGCAGUCCGUGAUUGUGGGGCUUAUGCCUGGAGAAUUUGUAGAUGGGGCGGAUUCAAAUAUUCCCAAGUAUUAUUUGCAUCGUUCGCACAGCUUUGUGAACGACGUCUCAACGUGAAAUGUGGAACCUGGCUCCCUUGACUUGUCUCGUUACGUCUGUGCUGGAGACAGCGGCAUCGUUGCUGAAUGCAUUCUUUCGCUUCAACUACUUAAUUGGCUCUGGCAUCACAACGUGUGCAACAACUUUGUGUGGCUAUGCUUCCGAUGCCAUCAGUGGCAUCUACUUGGGCAUCACAUACGCCUUUGGCGACCUUUUUCAUUUUCUGCGCGAACUUUGCACCUUGAUAUUUUCCUUCUCUGACGGCGUCCAGGCUAUUGCGUGUGCUGUAGUGAACUCCGUGUUCCUUGCAUGCUCGGGCACGCAGAGUGCUCUUGUAUUUCUAUGGACUAUAGCAUGCAACGUGAUCGAUGCAAUCGCAGAUGGCGCAGUUGCCGCAAUUCUUCUGGCCCGACAUCUAGUGAACCUUCUUCUAGACUCUGCCUUGCUCUUGCUCGAAUUACCUCCUCGCCUUUUGAGACAAGUAUGCCAGUGGACGUAUCAUGGGAUAUGCGUAUCUUAUCAGACGUUGGCUUCAUCUGCAAAAGCUGUAUCGGGACUCACAGCUGCCACUACCUUGCAGAUUCUGCGUGAUCUUUGGAGGUUUCUGUUUCACCAACCUGUAGACGUCUACACGGGCCUCAUCUUUGUCGCGAUAUCGGCAUUUCUUUUUAAGCUGUGGAGGCGCUGUGGACGCAGCUGGAUGCAAAAAGUGAGAGGGCGAAGACGAGACAGUCAGGCUAUGAAACGGCAUAAGCCUUCAUCGCAAGCAGAGCCUCACGAUUUGUGUGUCGUGUGCCAGGACUCCCCGAGGGGCGUACUACUGUUACCGUGCCGGCACUUCUCGUUGUGUGAGGAAUGUGCUUCUCAUCUCCUCGAAUUUGGACACAGCUGUCCCAUCUGCAGGCAUCCCAUCUACGAAGCGCUCACCGUCUACACGUGAUAAGCGGAAACUUCCACGCGCACCUGAAUGUAUUAAUGCGUGUUGCGCAUGUAAUGCCACUUUUUCCAAAGCGUGUAUCAGAUUCUGCUCGUAAUAUUUCUCAUUCUGAAAAUGUUUUGUCGAUGUCUCGAUUAAUAGUAUUUUUCAUCAUAACACGGGGUGCUCACAGUUAUGCGGUUUAUAUGUACUGAGGAUGUAAAAAUUUUGCACAUUUCACCCUACGAACUCCAUGCAUGCGUGAGUGAAAGCCGCCGUUUUUAUAACUUUUACGAGCACCAAAUAUUCAACCCGAAUUGAUCACAUGUUGUUAAACACCGUCUUGACUGCUGAAGUGACUGUUAAGGAAUGUACAAUUUGCCCGAAACAACUUUAUUGUAGCUCAGGGUAUGCUAUCAUCCUGUUGUUAUACAACAGUGCUGCUACUGUAAUAUUAUGGUAAUUAUAGAUGGGUGGUAUUUGGUGGGUAUCCCAUCCCGGCCCCAUGAUGAGAAAAUUCUGAGUGUGUGCAACAAGUAAUACUAAAAUAGACAGUUAAAAAUAAAACGACCCCUUGCCCAUGCCAAGACUCCCCUCAUCGUAAAGCUGCUGCCUGCGUUCAUGUCAUCUUAUCUUACCGAUAACAGUUGAUAUCAGUGCCCAGAUCCUGUGGUAACUGUAGCUGAUUUAUUUUAUGUUGUCUAUAUACAAGGGGAUCACAUAUCAACUUGAAGUCUAACAUAUACACUCAUGUCACAACAAUUAAAAGAAAACAGACGAUUGACGUUUCGGAAUAUAUGCAAGUUCCUUCAUCGGGAAAAAACUCGAUGACAACUAACCAAAGCUAAGCUGUUACGCUCUGCUGGUUCAUAAAUAGCUUUGGUUGGUUGUUGUCUUGUUUUUUCUGAUGAUGGAACCUGCAUAAGUUCUAAAAUAUCAAUUGACUGUUUUUUAAUUGUUCAGACACCAGUCUACAUUUUAGACUUUGAGUUGUAAGAGAGCAUUUCACCGUCAGACAAGUUGCUUUAGUUUACCAGCUGCAAGAUGGCAUUGCAAAACCUGUUUUCUUUUUACAGAUAAUCUGUGGACUGUUUGUGUGAAUUAUAGUGCAUACUUAUAUUGUAUGUAUCUUAUGUACAUUUUUCUGUUUCACCUGAAUUCAUUACAUGCUGCUCAUGAAAUUUACUUCAGUAUUACUCUUUGUGUGACGUGCGUGGAAUGGAGUGUGUAUGUGAAUAUUGAGCCCCGAACCAGUUGCGUGCAGUGCACAUGCAGAGCGAAAUGUCUAUCGGAAUAAAAUUUUGUGAUACAUUA